CCGCCCUUGCACUUCUCUGUUGUUCAGCUUUAAGGUCUUAUUUCUUUAUUUUUUAAAAUUUUCGUCAUAAUGUUUUACUACCCAGCAGUUUUAAGGCGCCACUCAGGAUGUUUCUCUACAGUCUGGCUGGUUGCUACCAAAGGCAUCAAGAUUACUCGUCGUGACUUCCUGAAAGUCAAUGUCAAAAGUACCUGUGACAACAUCAUAAACUAUGUGCUGGAGCGAGUCCCGCCACCUCUGCCUGAUCUGCCUCGACCUCGCUUCUCCCUCUACCUAUCCUCCCAGUUGCAGUAUGGCAUUGUUGUGGUAUUCCACAGACAGUGUGUCAUUUUUCUGGAGGAACUUCAGUCUGUUGUGGAACAGCUGGCAAAACAGAGGACAUCGCAGACAAUUGAUAUGGAUGAACACAGCAGACUCGCCCUUGAUUUCCCUGAUGCCCUGUUUCUGCUGGAGGACACUGAGGGCGCCCAAGACCCUCUGUUUGGAGAGAUGCUCAUGCAGGAUGAAAUGCCCAGUCCUAACAGUCUGAUACAGAUGGGGCAGGGGUUCACAAGGGAAACUUCACCAGACCGUCUUGAACAGGCCAGCCUUCCUACUGUUGUGACUGUUGCUGCUCUAGAAAGCGACCUCACUGCAUCUCCAGAAACCAUCACCCUGAGGGAGAUGGAGCAAGUAGCUAUUCCUGUCGCAGAGUUUGAAGGUGUGGAGCUUCUUGAUGAUCAUCCAGAUACUAUUGACCUCCUCUUGGCCCAAACAGACUAUUUUCCGGAAGGAGAUGUUGAGAUAGUGAGAGAGAAGGCGACUCCAGGAGAGCAAAAAAGGGAGAUAGAAAGAGGCAAAGGAGAGGCAGCGCUGGAGGGAGAGGGAGCUGAAACGCCAACAGUGUCCACUCUCAAAUUACAGCCUACUACUACUCUCUCCACUGAAGAAGCCAUGAUGGAGUCUGUGGAGAGGCCUGGACCCCCAACAGACCAGGUCACCCCAGUUUCUGUGCCUCCCCUCUCCUCCCCACUGCCUGCAGCAGGGAGACAAGGGAGACGGCGUCAGGAGGUAGAGGAUGUUCCUCCUGUUGGGAUGAAGAGGAGGAGGAGGAGGAGGCAGCUCAUCUUCUUUGACCCAGAGACACAGAUCCCUCAGGAGGUGCUGCAGCGGCAAAUCAAUAACCCUCAGGCUGAGACCAGACCACCCAGUGUCCCACCACCCCCCUCACACAUGAUGAUCUCUGCUGCUGAGCUCUUCAACAAACCGUGCACAUUCUUGCUUGAUGAAAUGCAGUCUCUAUGGAAACAAGCUGCGACCAUUACCCCUUUAUCAGGCUCAGACCUGCAGGUCGGGCAGCGAGGGUCCGAGUCCACUGACUCUGAGAUGGAACGACAGCAAGCGAUGCUGGAGGAGAUGGAAAUCGAGGACGAGAAACCAGAGUUCAGCCCUAAGGAGGUCCCCAGAGACGUGUCAGAGUCAGAGCUAUUUGAUAUUUCAGCCCAUGGUUCGUUGCCACUGGAGGCCUCUGAUCAGAGGGAAAUGCCUCAUGGAGUCUUGCCCAUGUACAUGUCAGAGAGAGAAGGGCUGCCUGAGUUGACCGAGCACGAUGAAACACCUGUGCUUUUUCAGUCUCUUCUGCCGCCAGAGGUCGACCGCCGAACUGUCAGCAACAUUUUUGAGAGGCUGCUGGGGACUUUAUCUACCAGAAAGAUCUGUGCUGUGCAGACAGAGCCUUAUGGUGACAUUUGGAUUUCACCUGGACCCAACUACAAUGAAACAGUCCUAGUUUAGUGAUGCAUUCACUGCCCCUCAGAGCCCCAAAAACGUCAUAGUUCAGUCCAAUAGAAGAUGAUCUGGUUCUAGUUGGGCAUUUUCCUGUGUUAACUUAAUAACUUACAAAAGAAGUCAAAUGAGAUUCUGUUUUAUUCAUCACAUCAUACGAUUUGUAUUGUUAUGUCUAGUUGGCAUAUUUAAAGGUUUUUAAAAUAUUUGUUUCAUGAAUUUCAGUGUGAUAUCAGUGU